UCUCAGUCGACGACUCCUUCAGUUUGUUUAGUACCGGGGAGAUCUGCGUUUAGACACGCGAUGUUUUCACAAUGCGGAUCUAACUUCAACAACAGCUGGGCUUUUUAAAAUUAUUAUUUUUAGCGUUUCCACGGCUAGUUACCAAUCCAUCCGAUUAGUAUUCACAUCUAUAAGGAAGUUUUAAAAAAACGGGAGGGGAGGGGGGGUACCCACAUAUAAUAAACCGUAACGUAAUAGACGCUUAAUUGCGAUUUAUUAUGGAGGAGAAGAAGGAGAAGGAGGGCGAAGCGGAGAUCCAGGAGCACGGUCCCGAACAUUGGUUCUCCAAAUGGGAGCGGCAGUGUUUGGCCGAAGCGGAGCGACAGGAGCCGAGCGACGACGAGUCGGAGCAAAGUCAGCAGAAACUAUGGCAUCUUUUCCAAAAUUCAGCCACUGCGGUCGCACAGCUAUACAAAGACAGAGUUUGUCAACAGCAGGGUCUGUCUCUCUGGGUUCCCUUCCAGAACGCAGCUACUGCCGUCACCAACCUAUACAAAGAGUCACUAGAGUCCCACCAGCGGAGCUAUGAGUUGGGGGUCCAGCGAGCGUACCAGCGUCGUAACAAAGACAUGCUGGCCUGGGUGAAGAAGAGGAGGAGAAACAUCAGGAGGGAGGACCUCAUCAGCUUUUUGUGUGGCAAGGCCCCGCCCCCACGCAACCCCCGUCGCGACGCACAGACACCCAAACACGGCCACGCCCUCUCUGUGAUGUCACCCGGCAGGCCGCCGUCCACGGAGAGCGGGUCGUCUGUCGAGGCUGACCUGCAGCCCUUCAGAGAGGCCAUCGCACUGCACGGCCUGAGUGGGGCGAUGGCCAGUAUAUCCGUUCGUUCCGGUGCCCCUGGCUCUCCGACGCACCUAACACGCGACAGCCCCGUCACUCAGCAGCCGGGUCGUAACCGUAGGAACGGUCUCCACGACGUCGACCUGAACACCUUCAUCGCCGAGGAGAUGGCGCUCCAUUUGGAGAACGCCGCGGCAACCGCUGCAGCCAAUAGGAAGAGGGCGUCUGCCCAGUGCAGUGACGUCAUCACAGACUCGCCCGCCCAUAAACGCAACCGGAUGCUCUGAGUGUCCCCGGAUAUCACACACACACACACACACACACACACACACACACACACACACACACACACACACACACACACACACACACACACACACACACACACACACGCUCAAGGCACGUUUCACACGCGCACAUCGACACACACACACACGCUCAAGGCACAUUUCACACACACUAGAUAUUUCUACUUUGCUGUCGUGGCCCGAGCUGAUUGGAUGAUGACUCGUCCACCAGGCCGGCCAAUCAAACCCUCCCAACCUCAACCUGGCACCUCCCCUCUGUUGCUUUCAUAAAAAAAGAUAAAUGUAAAAUAUUAAAAAGCCACUUAUUCCCUCCUCCUUCUCCGACAUCCCUCCUUCCUGUGUUCCUUCCUUUCCUCGUGGUUGGCAUGACAAUGACUUGGAAUGAUAGCACAAACAGACUGGAGGCUCACCAGCAGCCUGUCUCGACCACUGGGAUGAAAACUGUGUUGGCCAUGUGUUCUGAGUGGUGGGGAAAUGGGACAGACCUGCCCCUCCCCCCUCCUUUUACUAGAGGUGUGUUGGGGUCCUGAGGCCUAGAAGCCUUCCUGUAUAGUAGCCCCUCCCCCUCCUGUUACUAGAGGUGUGUUGGGGUCCUGAGGCCUAGAAGCCUUCCUGUAUAGUAGCCCCUCCCCACUCCUGUUACUAGAGGUGUGUUGGGGUCCUGAGGCCUAGAAGCCUUCCUGUAUAGUAGCCCCUCCCCCUCCUGUUACUAGAGGUGUGUUGGGGUUCUGAGGCCUAGAAGCCUUCCUGUAUAGUAGCCCCUCCCCCUCCUGUUACUAGAGGUGUGUUGGGGUCCUGAGGCCUAGAAGCCUUCCUGUAUAGUAGCCCCUCCCCCUCCUGUUACUAGAGGUGUGUUUGGGGUCCUGAGGCCUAGAAGCCUUCCUGUAUAGUAGCCCCUCCCCCUCCUGUUACUAGAGGUGUGUUGGGGUCCUGAGGCCUAGAAGCCUUCCUGUAUAGUAGCCCCUCCCCCCUCCUGUUACUAGAGGUGUGUUGGGGUCCUGAGGCCUAGAAGCCUUCCUGUAUAGUAGCCCCUCCCCCCUCCUGUUACUAGAGGUGUGUUGGGGUCCUGAGGUCUAGAACCUUCCUGUAUAGUAGCCCCUCCCCCCUCCUGUUACUAGAGGUGUGUUGGGGUCCUGAGGCCGAGAAGCCUUCCUGUAUAGUAGCCCCUCCCCUCUCAAGCGACUGUGGUUCUAGUCUCCCUCCUCUCUGUGUGUGUUGGACAGAACUGCCACUAAGUGUGUGUGACUUGUCUUUGCCUUUUGAGGUAGCUGCUAUCUCUGGCACAGCGGGAAGUUCUGGGGUGUGUGACUGCCGGCACGUGGCUGUGCGUGUGUGUGUGUGUGUGUGUGUGUGUGUGUGUGUGUGUGUUCGUUGAGCACAAUCCUGACUGGAUUCAUGUGUAUUUGUGUUUUGUUUUAUAAAGCCUCCACCCCAAUAGCUCUUCCUGUCUCCUCUCUCUAACCUUUAACCCCAAGUCCUCUUAUCUACAGUGUAUAUACAUUAUGACAACUUGGUUCUGCUGUUGUAUGAUGCAGACAUACAUGUGGUACAUAUUGUAAAAAAUAAAAUAAAAACAAUUGUAAAAAAAGAAAUGCAAAACCAUUGAAUUGUUUAAAAUGUAAAAUAAUGAUUCUGGCAUUAAACAAACCAAGCUUUUAACUAUGAA